AUGAUUAAUAUCUCCCUGUGGAAAUUUGAGAUCAGUGAGUAUUACAUGACCAUCAUUGAUGCCUCAGGACACAAUGACUUUAUCAAAAACAUCAUUACAGGCACAUCUAGAAAAGACCAUGCUGUCCUUCUUGUUGCUGAUAGUAUCACUGCAUGGAAAGCCAGUAUUGUCAAGGAUGGGCAGACCCAUCGGCAUGCCCUUCAGCCUUCAAGUUGUUUACAGGAUGUGAAACAACUAAUUGUUAAUAUUACCAAAAUUAAUUCCAUUGGCUCACUCGACAGCCAGAAUAGGUAUGAGGAAAAUGUCAAAGAUAUCAGCACCUACCUUAAGAAAAUUGGCUCCAACCCCAAUGAAGCAGCAUCUAUGCCAGUUUCUGGUUGGAAUUGUGACAAUGUGCUAGAAUCAAGUGUUAUCAUUUUGUGGUUCAGGGGAUGGAAAUUCACUUAUAAAGAUGGCAAUGCCAGUGAAACUUCAAGUUUCAAAAUGCUUGAAGCUCUGGAUUGCAUCUUGCCACCAACUUGCCCAACUCACAUACCAUUGUACCUGCCCCUCCGGGGUGUUUAAAUUGGCGGUAUUGGGACUCUGUCAGCUGAGUUAAGAAAAAUGUCCUCAAAUCUGUUAUGA